UUCUCUCAUCUCUCUUUUCUCUCUCUCAAUGUUGGUGCGCAAAUGCUCCUUUUUUCAAAUUAUCCAGUUCUCCUUUUUUGGCGGGGGGUGCGCACCAGUUAGGUGCAGCCUUGUACAUAACGCACAAGGGGACGGGUAAUAACGAGAAAAGCAUGACAUGGGACCUUCUAAAGCUAUUGGUUUUAUGCGUGGUCACAGAGAUGUAAAUUGAAGUUAGUUGAUAUUUUAUUUGAAUCCAUGACUUUCAACACACCGCCUCCUGGUCACAGUCUUAUCAAGACCCUUGGUCACUUCUUGGAGAAAUGUGAAUUAGACGUGUGGGCUUUGAGUAAGGAUUUCUCUGUUUUCCCUGAACUGCAUGAUCAUUUUUUGUCUCGUGUGUUUUACAGAGAAAUUUGGCUUCAAGCAAGAGGAGAGAUUUGAUUGUGGAGCUAAAGCUGGUGAUGUCUUUGCAAAUCAGAGAAGAUUCCCCCAGGCACUGUUUUGGGACUUUAAGUUGCAUUUGAUUGGAGAAAAGGAUGACGUACCCGUUCACUUUUGUGAUAAAUGUGGACUUCCUAUCCAGCUAUACGGACGGAUGAUCCCCUGCAAACAUGUUUUCUGUUAUGACUGUGCAUUGCUUCAUGAGAAGAAAGGAGAGAAGAUGUGCCCAGGCCUCACCAUGUUCAGCUGCACAGACCCGGUCCAGCGCAUCGAGCAGUGUCUGCGCGGCUCGCUCUACAUGUGCAGCGUCGUACCUGGAUGUAAGCGCACGUACCUGUCCCAGCGAGACCUGCAGGCGCACGUGAACCACCGUCACAUGAGGGCCCCCAAAUCCUCCUCUGGCCGCCAGGACCCCGUCCACCUGCCCCCGCCUGCCUCCGAAGUCCUGGACCGUUUCCGCGUUCCUCCUCCUCACUUAGCCAAAAACCACGUCCACCUGCCCAACCCUCUGCAGCACGGCAGCCACGACCCUUACAACCAACCACCGCCACCUGCCGCUCACGAAGCCCCGCCCGCAAACGCUAUUGGACCCGAGACAUUCCGCAUCGCCACCGUGACGACACGAAAACACAGCAAUCUCAUCACGGUGCCGAUUCACGACGACUCUUCUUCUUCACGUGAUGCUGGACCGGGCCCCACGCAGCAGCUGCAGCAGCAGCAGCAGCAGCAGCAGCCGCCCCCCCACCAUCACCCGGGGGAUUAUCCCGGUCAGCCGCCUGUAGGACCCCACUCCCACCACAUGAUGGCGCCACCACAGCAGCACUUUGGGCCCCCGCCUCCCCCACCACCUCCCAUUAAUCACCCCAUGCAGCAUCCUCCCCAGGCAUCAGGUACGCCUCACAUGGUGUACAACCAGGCCCCUCUUCCUCCCAUGUCCUCCGCUCCCCCGCCAAUCACCCCUCCACCGGGGCACAUCAUGGGUCAGAUGCCCCCCUAUAUGAACCAC